ACUUCAAUCAUUGAUCAUCGCACAUAAAAUUCCAAACUUCAAAGGAAACCAGUGAGCUCAAGAAAAGUCUCUCUACCUUUCUCCAUAUUUCUCCUCUUCAUUCAGAUUCUUUCCUAUAAGCUUGCCUUUCUUGAUUCUUGAUUCUUGAUUAUGACACUAAGCAAGAGAUCUCAUCUAAUGAUCCGAAAGUUGUCGGAGAUGUUGGUUCCGGGAAGAAGAUCUGCUACCAAACGGGAAGAUUCCUCGGCGAGUCCGAGGAGUCCGUUAGAUAUGAAAUUCCCCUCCCCGGUUAACUCGAAACGGUACAGCUCCGGUGGUAUCGGUUUAGGUAUCGUCGCUGCGUUGGAGGAAAGUAACCGGUACGAUCCGGUUUGCUACUCCGGGAGAUUCCGGUGCCCCGAGAUCGAUCUGUCGGAUGAGGAAUACACUUACGUGACGAGCCCUGGUGGGCCGACCAAAGUGUAUUACAGUGACGAUGGGUUUGAACUGUUUGAAAAUGGGUCGGAGUAUGAUGAUCGGAGAAAGCAUAAACCGUUGGUUAACCCCGUUGAACCACCGGUUAUUAAGAGAGAGGCUUUUAGGGAAUCGACAGAGUUUCUGAGCGCGUGUUGCUUGUGUAAGAAGAGACUUCAAGGCAAAGACAUAUACAUGUACAAAGGAGAGAUGGGAUUCUGCAGUGCAGAGUGCAGAUCAGUGCAGAUAAUGCAGGACGAACGAAAUGAGAAAUGUAAAUCGCAAGUCUCCAGAAACGUCGACAUUUCAAGCUCUCCUUGUGCCGGCGAGCAGACUAACUCCGCCGGGAUAUUCAUAUUUUAGGAUGAGCAAAAUCUUUCGAAGAGAAGUACAUUAACAUAAAAAAAGUGGUCAUUAUUCAAUAGUACCUUCAAAAUUUUAAUAAGAAAAGAAAAAAGAUCGAAAAUUUUGGUUAGGUUGUAAGCAACUUGUAUAGAAGCUUUGCUUUUGGUUUUGAUUAAGGUUUAUAUGUAUUAAAAUAAAUCAAUAGAAUUGUUUGUUGGUUCUUGGA